GCUGCUCCCAGAGCGCAGUUCCGACCCACAGCCUGGCACCCUUCGGCGAGCGCUGUUUGUUUAGGGCUCGGUGAGUCCAAUCAGGAGCGCAGGCUGCAGUUUUCCGGCAGAGCAGUAAGAGGCGCCUCCUCUCUCCUUUUUAUUCACCAGCAGCGCCGCGCAGACCCCGGACUCGCGCUCUCCCGCCGGCGCCCUCGGCCUCUCUCAGCGCCCGGGAGCACCCUCCGCCGCGGCCGUUCUCCAUGCUCAGCGCUCGCCCGAGGAGCUAAAAUCUAGCUUGGAGCAGCGCCGGACCGUGGAUGGCCUUGACUGACGGCGGCUGGUGUCUGCCGAAGCGCUUUGGGGCAGCUGCUGCGGACGCGGGCGACUCCGGGGCCUUUCCAUCGCGGGAGCUUUCCACGCCGCCUUCCCCCAUCUCUUCCUCGUCCUCGUCCUCCUGCUCCCGGGGCGGGGAUCGUGGCCCCGGCGGCGCCAGCAACUGCAGGACUCCACAACUAGACACGCAGGCGGUGGCGGGACCCCCGGCCCGCUCGUUGCUGCUCAGCCCCUACGCCUCGCAUCCCUUCGGGGCUCCCCACGGACCUUCGGCGCCCGGGGUCACUGGCCCCGGGAGUGCCUUAUCGAGCUGGGAGGACCUGUUGCUCUUCACUGACCUCGACCAGGCCGCGACCGCCAGCAAGUUGCUGUGGUCCAGCCGGGGCGCCAAGCUGAGCCCCUUUGCACCAGAGCAGCCCGAGGAGAUGUACCAGACCCUCGCCGCCCUCUCCAGCCAGGGACCGGCCGCUUAUGACGGCGCGCCCGGGGGCUUCGUACAUUCUGCAGCCGCAGCAGCUGCAGCUGCGGCGGCGGCCAGUUCCCCGGUCUACGUGCCCACCACCCGCGUGGGUUCCAUGCUGCCUGGCUUGCCAUACCUGCAAGGGGCGGGCAGCGGGCCUUCCAACCACGCGGGCGGCGCGGGGGCGCACCCUGGCUGGCCCCAGGCCUCAGCCGACAGUCCCCCGUACGGCAGCGGAGGCGGCGGGGCUGGCGGUGGGGCCGCGGGGCCUGGCAGCGCCGGCUCCACCUCGGCACACGCCUCGGCGCGCUUCCCCUACUCGCCGAGCCCUCCCAUGGCCAACGGCGCAGCGCGGGAGCCUGGGGGCUACACUGCGGCGGGCAGCGGGGGCCCGGGCAGCGUGAGCGGCGGCGGCGGGGGCAGCCUGGCGGCCAUGGGCGGCCGGGAGCACCAGUACAGCUCGCUGUCGGCGGCGCGGCCACUGAACGGGACGUACCACCAUCACCACCACCACCACCCGAGUCCUUACUCGCCUUACAUGGGCGCGCCACUGACGCCUGCCUGGCCGGCUGGACCCUUCGAGACUCCGGUGCUGCACAGCCUACAGAGCCGCGCCGGAGCUCCGCUCCCGGUGCCUCGGGGCCCCAGCGCAGACCUGCUGGAGGACCUGCCCGAAAGCCGCGAGUGCGUGAACUGCGGCUCCAUCCAGACGCCGCUGUGGCGGCGGGACGGCACCGGCCACUAUCUGUGCAACGCCUGCGGCCUCUACAGCAAGAUGAACGGCCUCAGCCGGCCCCUCAUCAAGCCACAGAAGCGCGUGCCUUCGUCACGGCGGCUUGGACUGUCCUGUGCCAACUGUCACACCACAACCACCACCUUAUGGCGCAGAAACGCUGAGGGUGAACCUGUGUGUAACGCUUGUGGACUCUACAUGAAACUCCAUGGGGUGCCUCGACCACUUGCUAUGAAAAAAGAGGGAAUUCAAACCAGGAAACGAAAACCUAAAAACAUAAAUAAGUCAAAGACUUGCUCUGGUAAUAGCAAUAAUUCUGUUCCUAUGACUCCGACUUCAACCUCUUCUAACUCAGACGAUUGCAGCAAAAAUACUUCCCCUCCAACACAACCAACAGCCUCAGGGCCCAGGCAGCCUCCAUGGGACCCUGGAAGCCAGCGGUGGUUGGUGUAGGCUGCAGGCAGGGGGCAGGUCCUGAAGAUGAAGCUGGGCUGCAGAAAUUCGUGGCAGUAUUUCCCAGGGCAGGGGUGGGUUGCCCUCCCACCCGCCCAUGCCCCUGGUCUCCUCUCUUCAUUCAGAGGGCACAGGGCUGGCACCUGGGCUUGCAGGUUCUCCUCUGAUGGCCACCUCAUCGUGAAUGUCUCCAGGUCACUACCUGACUUGACUGGGCAUCUAUUUGGCAGAUGCCCAUCUGCUGGCUUCAUUUGGAAACUGUCCUCCUCUAUGAAUAAUUAUGGUGGGUGGAGUGGUUUUGCCAGAAUGCCUGAGUGUGCCUGUUGGUGGCCCCCUUAGCACUUUCCAGUGCCUUCUCCUCAUGGGCUGGGCCUUUGUGGUGUGGCCGGCAUGGCAGCUCAGUAGCUGUGAAGGAAGAAUGUGUUGGAAGAGUCACCUGUGAGCUGUUGACAGCAACAUUUUUUUUUAAGGACCAUGAUGACAAAGGUGUGUCACAGUCACAGUCUCUGAUGUUGAAGGGCAGCUGGGUUUGACUGGUCACCUAUAAAAUUUUGUAACGAGCUAUAGGUAAGGAAAAUCACAGAUCCCUACAGCAAGGUCGCAUGUGGUGUUUAGAAAGUGAGCGUAUUACAUAGCGCCUUCAUUGGCUCAAGGGUUAAGCCUCCAAGAUAAUGGAUCCUUCCCACCGACUUCCUGUGCUCUGUGUGCCUGACGUGGUAGAAAUAGUAGCGCGGAUGCCUCAGUUUUAUGGGUCUACGGAGCUGCAAACAAAGACAAUCUCAGGCACACUGUCCAUAGAAGAGGGGGAUCAGGGGCCACGCAUCUCUGCACUGAAGAAAGUACAUGGCAACAGGAUGGCCUUUCCUAAAUGACUGAGUUACCGUAAGGAAGUUGAAGGAAGGAUUCCAGAGGCCCACAUCAAACCCUGUGUUCAUGUAAACCCCCACUUUGAGAAACCAGUUGCAGGAGAUCCCUAGUUGGCCUUCCCAGUAGGCUUCUUGCCUGUGGUCCACUUAACGUGUGGGCACAGGUACCUGGGUUCCAUUGGCCCAGGUGAAAGGGGCCCCAGAAGCUGAGUGUCCUGGAGGGAAGCUGUUCUGAUCGUCUGCUGCAGUGUGCCGCGGGCCGUGGGAGGAGCAGGGCAGGAGGUGUAGGCAGGAUUCCUGGCACAUGACGUUCUUUCAGGAAAACAUUGAAGUGCCAAAUCAUUUUUGCUUGUCUUUGACUCUAUUUCUUCCACUGAUUUUCGUGUCUUGGCUUUAUGUACUUGUUGCCGAUUCGUGCUUCAGUAAGCCCUCUGCUUGGGAGAAAAGGAGACAUUCCUUCAGAUGAGUCACCUGAUCGGUGACCUGGUCACAUUGACUCAGUUUCUCUUUGUUGUAGGCUGUGCAUGUGUGGCGUGUAUGGGUUGGAGGUAGAGAGAGAGAGAGAGCAGCUUAUUUUCUGUUUGAGAUCAGGAAGACUCACUGCUAUGUAGCUUGGCAUUAAAAUAUUGCCGUUUUUGUUCCUUAAAUGUGUUAAACUUAAUUUUUUGAUAAAUGGUUGGUGGGAUGAUUUUUGUGAAAAAAAAUCUUCAGGCUAAAAAUUUUCUUAUUCAUCUGGGUUUACUGAAAACCAUUUAAUUGAUAUAUAUAGACAUCAGCUUUUCUGUGGCAUUGGUUCACUACG